AUGUCGAACACGGACUGGGAUAGCAAAACGGUCAUUGGACGAGGAGUUCGACCCAGCGGCGGUGCACCUUCCUCCUCGGGACCUACCGCCUACGAACGAGCCAAACAAGUCGGCGCCAUCACCGAGAACGACAGAAAAGUCACCGCUGGAACCAACAAGGGUCACGUCGGAACCGACCACCAACGCAUCGCCAAGCUCGAUCGCGACAACGAAGUCGCCCCCCCACCCAAAGUCGCCCCCACCGUCGGCAAAACCAUCGGCCAGAAACGACAGGAGAAAGGUCUGACCCAAAAGGACCUGGCGACAAAGAUCAACGAAAAGCCACAGGUGGUCCAGGAGUACGAGAGUGGAAAGGCCGUACCUAACCCCCAGAUCUUGGCCAAGCUGGAGAGAGCUCUGGGUGUCAAAUUGAGAGGAAAGGAUAUCGGUAGCCCGCUGGGUGGGCCUAAGAAGAAGUAG